GGGCCCCCUCGCCGUCUCCUUCGGCCAUGGCUGCGAGGGCUCUGCUGCUGCUGCUGCUGCCGCUGCUGCUGCUGUGCUGCCGGGGCGCCUCCUCGGGGGCGCCGGAGCUGCGCCGCCCGCCCUCCCGCCUCGGGGUGAUCGGGGCCGGCAUCGGGGGCUCCUCGGCGGCCUAUUUCCUGCGCCAGAAGUUCGGCCGAGAGGCGCGGAUCGACGUCUUCGAGCGGGGCGCGGUGGGCGGCCGCCUGGCUACCGUCCAGCUGGAAGGCCGGGACUUCGAGGCGGGCGGCGCCGUCCUGCACCCGCUGAACCUGCACAUGAAGCACUUCGUCAAGGAACUGGGGCUUUCUGUUCCUCAGGGUCAAGACGGGCUCAUGGGCAUUUACAAUGGGGAGGAAUUUGUCUUUGAGGAGAGCAGCUGGUAUGUCUGGACUCUUCUGAAGCUGCUCUGGCGCUACGGACUGAACCCCCUGCGGAUCUACAUGUGGGUGGAGGAAGUCCUGGAAAAGUUUAUGAGGAUCUAUCGGUACCAGUCGUACGACUACGCCUUCAGCAGCCCUGAGACUCUGCUCCAUGCCCUCGGAGGGACGGGCUUCCUUCACAUGUUGAACCAGACCAUCGAUGAGUCCCUGCAAAAGGCCAGGUUUUCUCAGGCAUUCAUCAACGAGAUGGUCACCCCUAUCAUGCGAGUCAACUAUGGGCAAAGUGCCAGUAUCAAUGGCUUCGUAGGAGCUGUAUCUUUGGCCGGAGCGAGUGGAGGACUUUGGUCGGUAGAAGGUGGCAAUAAAUUGGUGUGUUCGGGCCUUCUGUAUGCUUCCAAAGCCCAGCUGAUUUCUGGUCCCGUUAUCUCCAUAGAAGCAAAAACAAGGCCCAAGGGCCGUGCAGGUGGCCUGACAAAGCAGUAUGAGGUUACCUACAACUCCACGUCUGGAGAAACAUCAGGGGUCUACGACAUCCUCCUCAUCGCCACUCCCUUGCAGCGCAAGAUCGCCAACAUAACCUUCCGCAACUUCGACCCCCCGAUCCCCGAGUUCUCCCCUCCCUACCACCAGACGGUGGCCACCUUUGUCCACGGGCACAUCAACGCUUCUUUUUUUGGCUAUCGGGACCCUUCCCAGUUCAGCCUGAAGGCCAUUCUCACGAUGGAGGAUCCUCACCUGUUUGUCAGCAGCCUUGGGGUGGUUUCUCCGGUGAAGGGCAACCACCUGGGCCCUCCGGUCUGGAAAGUGUUCUCCCACCAGUUGCUGACCGAUGAGCAACUGAAGCUGCUUUUCUCAUCCUAUGAUUUGGUGGAAGUGCAGAAGUGGCUGGCCUACCCACACUAUGCCCCUCCCCAGAAGUGCCCACCUUUCGUUCUCCAUGACCACAUGUAUUACGUCAAUGCCAUAGAAUGGGCAGCCAGCGCCAUGGAGAUGAGCGCGAUCUCUGCCAAAAACGCGGCCCUCUUGGCUCACCACCAUUGGUACAAUAAGAUGGACAGGAUCGAUCAAGAGGACUUGCACGAGAGACUCAAGACAGAGCUUUGACUUGGCAUGACAAGGAUUGGGGGGCGGCAUCGGAGGGCAGGGGAAGCUUGCAGCGUAUCUUGGGUGUUGGGUAUGAGUGCGCAAAAUGCCUGAAUUUUGAAAUGCUCCAUUUGCAGCCCAAAAUGUUAAGAAGCUUCAAAUGUCUUCGCUUGGCAAUAACUAGGGCAGUUUUAAGCUCAGAACAUUCCUACAAGGGCCAAAAUAUUUUUAGUGAGGUAAGAAAGGUUUGGAAAAUGUUUCAAGCUUCCAACAGUUGGCAACCAUCACUGUUCAUCCUACUUUGGUGCUCCCAAGAAAACAGGCUUAAAGGGAAUUCUUAGUAACCGCCUUUUAAAAACGACUUUACCUUCUGGAUUUCUUUUGCAAAUCACAUUACUUGUUAUAAGUAAUUCUUUGGGGAACAAGAAAAACUUUGAAUAAAUCCUUCGGGCUGACAACUCA